AUGGAUCCCAUUAAUUCCCUUUUUCCCCCCCUCUUCCCGCGGCAGCCCCGGGAGCGGCUUCUGUGCCCCCCCCUCAUCGCCCCCUCCCCAUCCCGCACCCACAGGACCCCCCUGGGGCGUGUCCCCCCCUUGGUGGCGGUGCCAGCCAGGUGUCCCGCCGGGGGGGACACGCAGGGACAGACCCCAGGGGCCACCCCCGGCCCUCCCCGGCGCCUCCCGGUGCCGCCGGUCCCGGUGCAAGCGCGGCCGGUGCCGGUGGCCGCGCUGCCGGCGGUGUCCGGCUCCAGCCCCGCGGCGCGGAGCCAAAUUCCUCCGCCUCCGCAGGAAGCCGGCGGCGCUGGCGGCGCGGCGGGGCCGGCCCGGCCGGAGCGAUGCCGGAGCGAUGCCGGAGAGGGCUGGAGCAGAGAAAGGAGGGCCAUGUUCUUCCUCUUCGUCAUCACCUUCAUAGCCAUCACCGUCCUCUUCCUCACCUUCCACAUCCUCCGCAAGCUCUGCCAGGACCCGGUGCCGCCCCCCGCCUACAGGAGCCCGCAGGGCCCCGCGCCCCCUCCGCCCUACCGAGACCCCCCGGGCCCCGCGCCCCCUCCGCCCUACCGAGACCCCCCGGGCCCCGCGCCGCCCCCGCUGCCCCUGCUGCCCGCGCUGCCCGGGCUGCCCAGCGGCGCCGUCCCCGGGGGCCUGGAGCCCCCGCCCUACAGCGAGGUGACAGCGAAGCCCUUCCUGUACCCCCUGCCCCCGGGGCCGUGCCCCGAAUGUGGCCACAACCCCGCGGCUGAGCCCCCCUUCACCACCCGGACCUAGAGGCGACCCCCUGCAAGGACAGCUGGUGACAAUUCUGCCCUCACUCAGGGGGACAGGGACCCUUCGGGACCACCCCGAUGGCCGGGGCCCAC